AUGGAGACGAACGAUCCGUCGGGCAGGCUAACGGCGGAGGACUUAUCGGAUUGUAUAAGCGACAGUAGUCAUUCGGAAUCGCAGUUAAGAGCGUUUCAAAGUUAUGAGCGCAUCAAAGAAUUGAAUCUGUCCAUUGAUAAGAAUAAAGAAGAUGCAUCCACUGAACCAAAGGAUUUUCAUCGUAGCCUCGAAGGCGGUGGCAGAACAUCCCUUCGAUUCGACGAAUUUUCAUGCGAAAAUUCAACGAGAAAUUUAACUAUGACACUGAACAAAAACAAAGAUUUCGGUUACUCUGCCAAUAACUUGAGUGAAAUCAAUUACCCGUUGGAUAGAUUGAACGAGAACGAGGAAUCGACAGAUGCCACGACGACGCUUUGCAGAUCCAAAAAUUCCAGCGCCAAGAACGUGCUAUUCAAUUUGCGUGAGACGAAGCAAAGGAGUCCUCAUGCAUCAUUAUCUUCUUUAGACAGAUAUAAUAAGGAUCUCAAUUUCGUAGUGGAAAAGGAGAUGAAAGACUUUGGCUUGCUCAAGAAUUACAGUCUCGAUCGCAUGAAGGAGUUUAAUUUUUCCUUGGACAGAAUGCGGGACAACCACAUUAGCAAUCUGGCCCUUGAGAGGCUGCGUGGCGGCGCCGCUUUGCUGGAGAAUCCGGGAAUGCUGGAACACAAGGAAUUUAGAAAUCUGCAAGUACAACCAAGGAACCCCGACCUCGAAACCAUAGCAUUGGAGCGCAUGAGACGCUCGCAUCUCCUGGGCACGGAAUUAUCCGCACAAAGUCUGUCGACGCAAGUGCCACAUUCGCAUUCAAUCACGCAUAUGCAACACUCUCAACAGCAGCAGCAGCAACAAGCAAAGUCUUUCACUAUUGAUGCUAUCUUGGGCCUGAGGAAUAAUCAGCGAGAAAAACGAAAUCAACAACAACAGUACAGAAAACAUCAAGGCCAAGAAGGCACAACGAAAAAUAGCAAUUCAAGUACCAGUUCUAGUGGGGGCGGAAAAGUAAAGAGGGUGCGAACGAUCUUCACGGCAGAACAAUUGGAGCGCCUAGAAGGCGAAUUUGCGCGUCAACAAUAUAUGGUGGGUCCUGAAAGAUUGUAUCUGGCUCACGCACUUAGAUUGACCGAGGCACAAGUCAAAGUUUGGUUCCAAAAUCGCCGCAUCAAAUGGCGAAAGUUGCACCACGAGCAACAAAGUCAGAGAGUGCAUGAAUUUCAACGCACCUUGAACACAUCUUUGGAGCACGAGGAUAGCAACGAGACUGACAAAUGGUGA